AUGGAGGCGGAGGCUGCGACGGCUCCGCUGGCCCUGCCUUUCUACCCGCAGAGGGGCAGGGGGAGGCGGUCCUGGGGUGCCGCCGAGAUCCAGUGCACCCGGUGUGGAAGGAGGGUGCCCAGAGCAUCCGGUCACUACCAUGAACUUCACUGCGGACAUGCUUUUUGUGAACGGUGCUUGUUAAUAACUGAAGAAUACAGCACAGCUAUAUGCCCUGAUUGUGAGAUUGCUACAGCUGUAAAUAUGAGACAAGGCUACUACCAGAUAGAUGAAUGUAUUAAAGAAGACUCUUUAAUGGAAAAACUGCAACCUAAAAUGAUAAACGGUUCUCAGGAUUUUAAGAAGACUGCUGAUCAGCUAACUAUUGGUUCAGAACAUUCAGCCUGCACACACAGGACCGUUUCAAACUCAUCAGCUGUGAUGUCGGAAAUUAAAACUUCAGAAGAAAUUGAUGAAGCAUUGAAGAUAGCAGGCUAUAAUUUUGAACAAUUAAGUAGUGCUGUAAAAAUGCUUGAACACAUACAGAAUCAAACAAGAGAGGAGACAAAAAGUGUCCUAGAGGUUGUGGAGAAACAAUUUGAUCAACUUUUUGCUUCUCUUGAUUCCAGGAAAAAGAGCCUGUGUGAAGAACUUGUAAGAAAUAGAGAUGAUUAUCUAUCGAAUUUAACAAUGACUAAAAGCUACAUUGAAGAGAAAAAAAAUGAUUUGGAUGCAGCAAUGAAGAUAGCAAGAGAGUUAAAAUCAGCACCUUCUCUGAGAACAUAUUGUGACCUUAAUCAGAUUAUCCGAACUUUGAAGUUAACGUUAGAGAGUGAAUUGUCACAAGUUAGUUCUCUAAAACUAAGGAACCCUCCCAGAUUGAUUAUGAAUUGCAGUGAGAUCAUCUGUAUGUUCAACGAUAUGGGAAAGAUUGAAUUUGAGGACUCAGUAAAAUGUCCUCAAGAAAAUGAGAUUGGACAGCAUGUUCAAAAGAAAUACAAUAAUAAAAAGGAGCUCCCCUGUCAUGAUACAUACCCAUCACUAGAAAAGAAAAAGAUUGACAUGUCUGUCUUAACCGGUGAGGCACCACUGCCUCCCUUGCAACCAGAAACCAACAAUGUGCAUUUAGAAGCAAAAAGCUUCCAGUCACAGAAAGAGGUUGUCGCAAUGAUGUCGUCUAAAACCAUUGCUGUGCUGCCUCAAAUGGGAUCCAGCCCUGAUGUGAUAAUUGAAGAGAUUAUUGAAGAAAGCCUGGAAAGUUCUCCAGAGCUGGUUUUUGUAAGCCAUGUAAUACAUCCUUGCCACUUCUACAUUCGGAAGUAUUCACAAAUAAAAGAUGCAACAGUAUUGGAAAAGAAGGUGAAUGAAUUUUGCAAUAAGAGUUCACAUCUUGAUCCUUCAGACAUUUUGGAGCUAGGUACAAGAAUAUUUGUCAACAGCAUUGAAAAUGGAAUGUGGUGUCGAGGAACUAUCACUGAAUUAAUUCCAAUAGAAAGUAAAAAUAUUAGAAAACCUUGCAGUCCCACCAAAUUCUCAGUCUGUGAAAUUGCACUGAUACAAAUAUUCAUGGUAGACUUUGGAAAUUCAGAAGCCCUAAUUGUCACAGGUGUUGGUGACACUCACGUGAGACCAGAACACACUGCCGAGCAGCAUGUUGUACUCAGUGACUUAUGUCUGGUUCUGAGGAAGUCUGACCCACACAUCAGAGGGCUACUGAAAGACACCCAGCCAUUAGCACAGCCAUGCUCAUUGAAAGACAUUGUUCCACAGAACUCAAAUGAAGGCUGGAAAGAGGAAGCUAAAGUGGAAUUUUUGAAAAUGGUAAAUAACAAGGCUGUUUUAAUGAAAGUUUUUGGAGAAGAAGAUGGUGUGCUUAUUGUAGAUCUGCAGAAACCACCAGCAAAUAAAAUAAGCAGUGAUAUGCCUGUGUCUCUCAGAGAUGCAUUAGUUUUUAUGAAACUAGCAAGGUUUAGGUCACAAUCUGAAAAAAAUACAACUUUACACUACCAUCCACCUAUUUUGCCUAACGAAAUGACAGAUGUUUCCGUCAUGGUUUGUCAUAUAAAUAGUCCCACUGAUUUUUAUCUUCAGUUGAUAGAGGGCCUGGAUUUUUUAUUACUAUUAAAGACAAUCGAGGAAUUCUAUAAAAGUGAAGAUGGGGAAAAUCUGGAAAUCCUCUGUCCAGUUCAAGAUCAAGCCUGUGUAGCUAAAUUUGAAGAUGGAGUUUGGUACCGAGCAAAAGUCACUGGAUUGCCUGGACAUCGAGAAGUUGAAGUUAAAUAUGUGGACUUUGGUAAUACUGCAAAAAUAACACUUAAAGAGAUGCGUAAGAUAAAAGAUGAGUUUCUAAAUCCCCCAGAGAAGGCAAUUAAAUGCAAGCUCGCCUAUAUUGAACCAUGUAAAGGGACAAUGCAGUGGUCCAAAAAAGCUAAAGAAAAAUUUGAAGAAAAAACUCAAGAUAAAUUUAUGACAUGUUCAGUUAUUAAAAUUCUGGAAGACAAUGUGCUCUUAGUUGAGCUUUUUGAUUCUCUUGGUGCUCCUGAAACAACCCCUACUAGUAUUAAUGACCAGCUUGUUAAUGAGGGCCUCGCGUCCUAUGAAGAAGGGUAUACACUCAAAGAUAAUUCUAAAAAGCAUAUUGAAGUAUGGGAUCCUUCUCCAGAGGAAAUUAUCUCAAAUGAAUUAAACAACUCAAAUGCUGUGUCUACAAAAUUGCCUAAUGAGAAUUUCCAAUCACUUUAUAAUAAGGAACUGCCUGUGCAUAUCUGUAAUGUAAUAUCUCCUGAGAAGAUUUAUGUUCAGUGGUUAUUAACAGAAAACUUACUUAACAGUUUAGAAGAAAAGAUGAUAGCUGCUUAUGAAAACUCAAAAUGGGAACCUGUUAAAUGGGAAAAUGAUAUGCACUGUGCUGUUAGGAUCCCAGAUAAGAAUCAGUGGCGAAGAGGCCAGAUCAUCAGAAUGGUUACAGACACAUUGGUAGAGGUCUUGCUGUAUGACGUGGGUGUUCAACUAGUAGUGAAUAUCAACUGUUUAAGAGAACUUCAAGAAAAUCUAAAGAAAAUGGGAAGAUUAUCUUUGGAGUGCUCUCUUGUUGAUAUAAGACCAACUGGUGGGAGUGACAAGUGGACAGCGACAGCUUGUGACUGUCUUUCAUUGUACCUGACUGGAGCUGUAGCAACAAUGAUCUUACAGGCAGAUAGUGGGGAAAACAACAAAACAUGGCCACUACCUGUGAAAAUUUUUUGCAGAGAUGAAAAAGGAGAGCGUGUUGAUGUUUCUAAAUAUUUGAUUAAAAAGGGUUUGGCUUUGAGAGAAAGGAGAAUUAAUAAAUUAGACAACAGCCAUUUAUUAUCUGAGAAGUCUCCCGAAGUCCCCCUGGAACAAGAAGGUUCAGUGGUUACUAAGUGUGUUAAAAUCGACUUUGACCCUGACAAAAAAGCUGCUGAUAUAAUCAGUGAACACAAGGUGUCUGAAUUUAAGGAGAAAAUUCUAGAACCAAGAACCACUGGAUGCUAUAAACCACCAGCUAUUCCUAACAUGCAAGUAUUUGAGGCAGUAGUCAGCUGCAUUGGUGAUGAUGGAACUAUUUUUGUAGUACCUAAACUAUCAGAAUUUGAGCUAGUAAAAAUGAUGAAUGAAAUUCAGUGUAAUUUAAAAUGCCUUGGUCUUUUGGAGCCUUAUUUCUGGAAAAAGGGAGAAGCCUGUGCAGUAAGAGGAUCCGAUACUAUGUGGUAUCGAGGCAAGGUGAUGGAAGUUGUAGGCGGCAUGAUCAGGGUACAAUAUUUAGAUCAUGGAUUCACUGAGAAGAUUCCACAGUGUCAUCUUUACCCUAUUUUGCUGUAUCCUGAUAUACCCCAGUUUUGUAUUCCUUGUCAGCUCUAUAAUACUAUACCUGUUGGGAAUGUCUGGCAACCAGAUGCAAUAGAACUUCUUCAGGAACUGCUUUCAAAGAGACAGGUGGAAAUACAUAUUAUGGAAUUACCGAAAAAUCCCUGGGAGAAAUUAUCUAUUCAUCUUUAUUUUGGUGGAAUGUCACUUUCUUACUUUAUGGCACACUAUAAACAUUGUACUUCUGAACAUUCUGAGGAGAUACUGAAAGAAAAACCAACAGAUUACAAUAAAAAAUAUGAGGAAGAAGAAUGGGAAAUAAGGUUUGAGGAAUUGCUUUUGUCUGAAACAGAGACUCCUGUCUUACCACCAUAUUUGUCUUCAGCUCUGCCUCCCUCGGAAGAACUCUAUGCUGUGCAAGUUAAGCAUGUUGUCUCACCCAGUGAAGUGUAUAUUUGCCUUGAUUCUGUGGAAAAUUGUAAUCAGUAUAGCCAGCAUAGUGACACAGAUGAUAGUGGAGUCAGCUGGGAGUCGGAAUCCAAGAGCCUUGAUGAAGCGCUGCGGAGGUGUAAUAAGAAUGUAAAGAUGUUUCCUCCUGUGACAGAUUUUAGAACAGAAAUGCCUUGCCUUGCAGAAUAUGAUGAUGGCUUAUGGUACAGAGCAAAAAUUGUUUCCAUUAAAGAAUUUAAUCCUUUAACUGUCCUAGUACAAUUUGUUGAUUACGGAUCCACUGAAAAGCUGACAGCAAACAGAUUGUGUCAAAUUCCUCUUCAUCUUAUGCAGUACCCAGCCCGAGCCAUAAAGGUUCUCUUGGCAGGGUUUAAACCUCCCUUAAGGGACUCGGGAAAGAUAAGAAUACCGUACUGUCCCAAAUGGAGCAUGGAGGCACUGUGGGCUAUGAUAGACUGUCUUCAAGGAAAACAACUGUAUGCUUCUUCCGUGGCUCAGGCACCAGAACAAACAGUGACAUUAUAUGAAGAUGAACAGUACCCAGUUCACAUGUCAUUAGUAGAAAUGGGGCUCGCAGACGUGGAUGAAUGAGAUUUCUUCCUGACAGGCCCCUCUCACCUGUUCAGCACUGGUGUGAAAGAGGUCCCACAUCUGUAAUGCUGGGAAUGGCAUCGUGACUCCUAGAAGCAGACGGCACGGGCUGAGCAGGAGAGAACAGAGCGGGCACCAUAAUUCACACGCGAGUAUGUGGUGCGCACCUCAAACCCCUGAACAACCGAUGUCCUCGUAACAAAUGAUGAAAGUACUUGGGUAACCAGUUAACUCUUUUCUUAUCCACAAGUGACUCAACAACUAGAUUUGAACAUCAACAUUUAGCAGAGAUUUAUAGGAACACAUUUUGUUUUUCAGGUACACAGUGCAGAGCAUCUGUAGUAGCCCAGAAGGAAGUUUUGUUGUAUUUAGACCAUUUUGGGCUUAGUUUUUUUGACUUGUUCUGCAAUAGUGCUUUUCCCGCCUUAUUUCUUACGAGUUGAACUGCUAGGAAUUGUGUGGACGACAUCAGAAAAAAUGGUUAAUACUUACUUUCAAAUAUUUGCUUUUAUCAUAAUUUCAAAAUGAAAUAGUUUAGACACAUGAAAAAAUUUUAGUUCCUUUUAUAACUAAUGAUUCAGCUUAAGAACUAAAAUAUUAUCAGUACACUUGAAGCUCCUUCCAAUCACAGUCUCCCCCUUCCCAGGUAGAGGUGACAUAAUGUUGUUGUGAUUUGGUGUUUAUCAUUCUUACAGGAGUCUUCAUGUUACUGUAUACGAACGCAUCCAUAAAUGAGGGGUAGUAUCGCUCUGUGCAUGUUACUGUAUGUGGUAUCACACAACUGUCCUUUCUAUUUUAUUUGCACCAUUUAGCCACGUUGGUAUGUACAGCUCUUAUUUUCACUGCUAUAUCCAUGUGCCUAAUUUAUUGUUAGAUAUUCAGAGGUUACUGGUUUUUUCUCAAUUACAAAUAUUCUUCUGUAAGACCCUUGUGUACAAGUGAGAGGUUUUCUAGCACAUACACAUAGUAGUGGAAUUUGCCAGGUCAUGGGGGUGAUUGGUUUCUAAAAAGUAUAUUUCUACCGAUUGACCUCACGAUCAGCCAUCCGAGUUCCUUGCCUACACUUGGUGCGGCCAGGCCUUUACUUGCCAGACUGUGAUACUAGUAAGAAAAGGUAUCUCAUUGUUUAUUAUGCGUUCACUGGCUUAUUAGUGAGCAUUCUGUGCUUUGUUUAUUGCUUGUUCAUAUCCUUUGUCUUUCUAGUGAGUUGUGAUUUUCCUAGUGACUUGUAGAAAUUCUUUAUAUAUUCUGGUUAGUAAUCCUUUGUCAGGUUUAUGUGUGGCAUGUCUUUUCCCUGUUUUGUAUCACCUUUUGACAAGUAAACUUUUUACUCAUUUAUCAUCCUUUUUCCUUAAAGUCUGUGCUUUUUGUGUGUCAUUUAAAAAUCCUUCCCCUUCCUGAGGUUAUAUAGUUAAGUCCUUAUUUUUGAAAAGUUUUAAAGUUUUUUCAUAUUCAGU